AUGGCUCCCCUCGACACCACCAAGAUCCGUGCCUUGCUGUUUGACGUCUUCGGUACGUGCGUCGACUGGCGCUCAACGGUGACGACGGCGCUCUACGACCAGGCCCGCACCACGCUCAACGACCCCACCGCCUCGCUCGCCACGACGGUGCGCCUGCGCGCGACGGACCUGACGUGGGACGACUGGGCCCGCUUCGCGCAAGAGUGGCGCAACGAGUACAAGACGUUCGUGCGCGGCGCCGCGAAGGCGCUCGAGGAGGCGGAGAAGCUUGCGGGCGGCGGCGAGGCGCAGCCGGCAGAGAAAUUCAAGAGCGUGGACCAGCACCACCUCGACUCGCUGCAGCAGCUCCUGGCGCGGUGGCAGCUCGACGGCCUGUGGACGCCCGCCCAGGUGCAGCGGCUGAGCCUCGUGUGGCACCGCCUCGCGCCCUGGCCAGACUCUCCGGCCGGCAUCGAGGCGCUGAACGAGAAGAAGACUCAUGCCGGCGGCACGUCGUCGUCGAAGGAGGAGAGUCGUCUGGCCACGGCCACCCUCAGCAACGGCAACACGGCCCUCCUGCGCGACCUGACGGCCCACGCGCGCCUGCCCUUCGCCCACAUCUUCAGCGCCGAGGACUUUGCCGCGUACAAGCCGCACCCGAAGACGUACCUGGGCGCCGCCCGCCGCCUCGGCCUCCGUCCCGAAGAGUGCGCGCUCGUGGCGGCGCACCUGGGCGACUUGAAGGCCGCCGCGGCGUGCGGGUUGGGCACGGUGUACGUGGAGAGGCCCGCGGAGGAGGACUGGGGCGAGGAGGAAGUGAGAAGGGAGAGGGAGGCUGGGUGGGUGGGGCUGUGGAUCGGUGAGGGAGAAGGCGGUUUUGCGAGGGUGGCGGACGUGUUUUCGCGGGGGUAA